AUGACUAUAACGAAUAAAAAGACUAAACAAUCAAAAGCGUCCGAGGUAACCUCCUCGAGCAGUGCAUCGACCAGUGUUCAGAAGAGUAGUACAUCCAUGGUGCAAAAGAGCAGUAACGCACUUCAAAAGGUGAGCUCAUCAGGGAAAAAGGUCCGCUAUAUCGAGGUUAAGGUCGAGGAGGAAGAACCGCUGAUGAUUACUGAUGUAACUGAUCAUGCUUCUAUAACCGGCUCCACAAUAUCUGAGCAUUAUAAUAGCCACCCGCACUAUAUUGUAACGGAAGCACCAUCGGUGACUGAUCUGUCUCAAAUAAGAUCGUAUGAACAUAACGUAAGUGAUAUGGCAAAAUCUACAACCGGAGAGUUCGUUUCUAGUUCUGUACUUCAAGAGUCGUCAUCAGUGCAGCAACAAAGCUCUAAAAGUGAAACUUUUCAGUCAUCUUCAACCUCAGUUCAACAUUCUAAUUCAAAACAAAGUCAUACAUUUGAUAGAACAGUGGAUUCUUCCGUUGAGAAUCAGACACUUAACACUGCUUUUAUAGAUAGUAUUGCACACAAUACAACAGGAUCAAAUACAUUUGACCGAAGACCUCAGGGUGCGAAUAGUACUGAUGCUUUUCUUCAAUCGGAACGCGAAAAUAUAACCAAUACCCAAUCAACACAUCAGUCAACCACAUCUCGGCGAAAUAUUGAAAAUAAUUUUGCGAAAAUAACUGAUAAGAAAUUUGAUAACCAACGCGAGAAAGACCGCUAUCAGCAAUCGUCUGAUCCUUCGACAAGAAAUCAGACAGUAAAAUUAAACACAUCAAAUUUUUACGGAGGAGAAGGCUCGCUCGAGGACAAUAUAAAAUCCAGGGAAUAUAGUACAACAAGCAGAUCAAGUGAAAAUAAAAGUAGUAAUGCGACAAAAUCGACAUCUUCAUCAUAUGUGGUUGAAAUUGUGGACGGAAAAGAACGUAUAAUUGAUAACUCGAAAAGGGAGUGGGGUGACGCAAAGGAACAUUCAUCUAAAGAAUCCUACGCGAGUGUAAGUGGAACUGACAUUAAACCUGAAUCUGUCUACAGUGAGCAAAACUACGACAUGAAGUCAAAAUAUGACACGGGAAAAGAUGGCGGACGUCCGAUAAAUGAAAUAAAGAUAAAGGAAGACUCACAAUUAGUUAAGGACGGGAAAAAAAUCACUUCGCACGAGAGCUAUAUUUCACAUAAAGAUAAUCUACAUCAACUUGGAUCAACUGAGCAACGCGUAUUAUCUCAAAAUAAUGAGCUAAAUACCAGUGUUUCAUCUGAGCUAAUCAACAAAACUCAAAGCAAUACAAACACUAAUAAAAGUAAUCAAACAAUAAAUCAAACUUCGAAUUUGCAAAGGCGGAAUCAAAAUACCAGAACUGAUUCAUCUGACUUUUAUGGUUAUGAUUCUACAAUUCAAAAUGAACUUAAAAAAGUUGGGGACAUUUUGCAAGUACAUGAUGCGGAUAACAUAAACUUUUCUACCAAAAUAUUAAAGAGUAACACUAGCAGUGCCCAACAAGAAUCAACAUCAUCUUACAUUUUGGAAGUUGUUGAUGGGAAGCAGAGAAUAGUGGAUAGCAAACACAGGGAAUGGGGUGAUACUAAAGAACAUUCUACACAUGAAAAGAGUCAUUACGUUAGUGGGCCCAAUAUAAAACCUGAACACGAAUAUACACGACACGUGUUAGACAAAGAAUCUUUCUAUGAUACUGGUAAAGAUGGUAUUCCCAAAAGUGCAACCCAUGUCGCAGAGGAAUCUGCUUUGUAUAAAGAUGGUAAAGAAAUUGCCUCUACAAGAAAUGUACACACUGGUGAUUUUACAAAAAAGCCCGCCAUUACAGAGCACUUUACAGAAAGAGAUGAGGAUUAUACCACGAACAUUAAAGACACGACUGAUAAAUCAGUGUACUCCGAUACUCAUGGAAUCACUUCUACAAACGGUAAAAAUGAUGUACGUGAUGUUAAGAACACAACCAAAACAACGGAAUUUAUAACAAAAGAACAACAAAAUAUAGUCAAAGAAAGCACAUCAAAAUCAACUUCUGAAACUAAAGACACCUUGACGUCUUACGAAAGAAGUACAGGAACAUGGAAUGGAAAAUUUGUUUAUGAGAACGAUGAUGAUAGACCAAAACGACCUAAAGAAAUGUCACCAUUUGGUAGACCUGAGCAGCCGCGAUACCACUUAAAACGACAAGACACUGAAGACAAUAUAAUAUUAACAUCAAAAGAUAUAAAAGAUUUUACUUCUAUAAGUGAUUUGCGAAAAAUAAUUGAAACGUCAGCCUCCAAUAAAGAUGUUACUGUAAGCAAUAGGAAUAUUGUUAUCAGAAGAAAUAUUGACGAUAGAGUAUUAAAAGACAUAAUUGAAACUGUUAAAAAGUACCCUUUUAAAAGAAUUGACAAAGUAACCUUUGGAACAAAAAUUAAGGAGGAUGUAAAAGAUCUUUAUGAAGGUGUAGACACCGAACAAGUUACUGUUUUGAAAAGUAGCAACUCUGAUAUAAUCAAAAAGUCGUUUGAAGUUGAUAAAACUAGAAGCCAAGUGGAGGUGACGCGCUAUAUUACUGAAAACGGGAUUACUAGAAAAAUAACUACAUAUGAAGAUGCAAAAGAAGAUGAAAAAAUUAAAACCGAUGUGUUCGUCGACAACAGUGCGUUAGACAUCAAAAACUUGAAGGAUGUCCAUACCACACGAGAUACACGCGAAUAUGACGUCGUAGAUCAUGCAAUCACCGACACCACAAGAAAGGACACCGUCGUCAGCACUGUUUACGACGAAACCAUCAUCGAUGACAGGAAAACAGUGCGUGAUGACAGGACCACAGUCGAAGAGACUAUCUACAUUGACGAAAGGCGGCCAAGACCCGCUGGUCCCAAAAGGCCGGAGAAAACUGUUGUUAAGGAGCAGUGUGUUUGUGAAAUUUGUACUUGUGGGCGUCACCGUUGCCCACACAACGAUGUCCCGGAGCCAUUGUUCGAUGUGGAGCACACGACGAGCGUGGUUUCCGCAUACAAACAAGAUUACGACGAAAAACACGUAAGCCGUACAACCGCUGUUCAUCACGAAGACCAUCUUCGGCUUGAAGGAGAUUUUCAAGAACCUGAACGUCCCCACUGGCAACCUGCUGAGCGACAAAAACCUACUAAGCCUGAAGAUAACCUCAGGCCUGAAGGAGAAUUUGAGAGAAGGCAUCCUGAAGAAUGGCGACCGGGUGACAGAGCACCUGUUAAGCGCCCGGAAGAUAACUUAAAACCAGAAGGAGAAUUUGCAACUCCUGAGAAGGAACUUUGGAGGCCUGCAGAAAGGCAAAAACCGAGAAAACCUGAGGACAAUCUUAAACCUGAAGGAGAAUUUCAGAAACGCCAACCUGAUGAAUGGCAGCCCGGUGAAAGAGCUCCUGUACGUCGUCCGGAAGAUAACUUAAAACCAGAAGGUGACUUUGAAAAAAGAAGACCUGAUGAAUGGAAACCUGGUGAAAGGGCGCCUGUACGUCGCCCUCAAGAUAAUUUGCGACCAGAAGGUGAAUUCGAGAAAAGGCGACCAGAAGAGUGGCGCCCAGGAGAUAGAGCCCCAAUUCGUCGUCCAGAUGAUAACCUCAAACCUGAAGGUGAAUUUAUGACUCCCGAAAAAGAGUAUUGGCGCCCUGCUGAUCGUCAAAAACCAAGAAAGCCAGUGGAUAACUUGCGCCCUGAAGGUGAUUUUGAAAAAAGACAUCCAGAUGAAUGGCGCCCUGGAGAUCGUGCGCCAGUUCGUCGACCUGAAGAUAAUCUCUAUCCUGAAGGUGAGUUCGAAAAACGAAAACCAGAUGAAUGGCGUCCUGGAGACAGAGCACCAGUACGUCGUCCGGAUGAUAAUUUAAAGCCUGAGGGUGAAUUCACGACUCCAGAAAAGGAACCCUGGAGACCAGCUGAAAGACAAAAGCCGAAAAAACCAGAAGAUAAUUUAAGACCAGAAGGAGAUUUUGAAAAAAGACAACCCGAAGAAUGGCAACCCGGUGAUAGAGCACCAGUAACACGCCCUCAUGAUAAUCUAAAGCCCGAAGGAGAAUUUGUUACACCAGAAAAAGAACCUUGGAGGCCAGCGGAACGGCAAAAGCCAAAGAAACCGGAGGAUAAUCUUAAACCAGAAGGAGACUUUUUCAAGCGACAGCCCAUAGAAUUUAUACCAGCUGAAAAAUCAGUAGGUAAAAAACCGGAAGAUAAUUUGCGCCCAGAAGGAGAAUUUACUACUACAAGAAUAGAUGAUUAUAAAGUAGUAACCGGUGAAAGGGCGGAAAUUGUAAAACACACCGAUAAUAUUGUCAUGGAAGGGGAAUUUACGGACACUACAACGUCGCGAACUGAAUACACUAUAAAACCUGUUGAAAGACAAAAACCGGUAAGAAGAAAUACUUGGACCAAAAUAGAAGGAGACAUGAUCACUGAUACUACCACAAAGACUGAAUUUAUUGACUACACGGAUACAGUCGAAAGAUCUACACUGGUUACCCGCAGAACUGAUAAUUUAAUACGAGAAGGUGAAAUGGAAUUUGUAACUUCAAACCAAAAUGAUUAUACAGAAAAGAAUACUGUACUAGAACGACCACAUCGCCGACGUACAUGGACAAAAGAAGAUUUUGAUAAAUUUUACUCCACAGACAACUUGCAAACAGUUACAACAACACAAGAAGAAUACAAAACUUAUGAGACAAUUGACGUUAGACAAAAGAAAGUGAAACCAGUUGAUAAUUUAAAACCUGAAGGUGACUUUGAAACACCUAAACAUGAUGAAUGGCGUCCAGCAGAAAGACAAAUAGCUAAAAAGCCACAAGAUAACUUAAAACCCGAAGGUGAAUUCACAACUCCUGACAAAGACCAGUGGAGGCCAGCUGAGCGCCCAACUCAAAAGAAACCUCAAGAUAAUUUAAAACCGGAAGGAGAAUUUGAGCAACCUAAGCAUGAUGAAUGGCGUCCAGCGGAAAGACAAACAGCUAAAAAGCCUCAAGAUAACUUAAGACCUGAAGGAGAUUUUACAACUCCCGAAAAAGAUCAAUGGAGGCCAGCUGAGCGUCCUAUUCAGAAGAAACCAAAAGAUAAUCUGAGACCAGAAGGUGAUUUCGAACAACCUAAACAUGAUGAAUGGCGUCCAGCGGAAAGACAAACACCUAAAAAGCCGCAAGAUAACUUAAGACCAGAAGGUGAUUUCGAACAACCUAAACAUGAUGAAUGGCGUCCUGCGGAAAGACAAACAGCUAAAAAGCCACAGGAUAACUUAAAACCAGAAGGUGAAUUCACGACCCCUGAUAAAGAACAAUGGAGGCCAGCUGAGCGUCCCAUUCAGAAGAAACCAAAAGACAAUCUAAGGCCAGAAGGUGAAUUUGAACAACCUAAACAUGAUGAGUGGCAACCAGCUGACAGACAAAUACCUAAAAAGCCACAGGAUAACCUUAAGCCUGAAGGCGAAUUCACGACUCCCGAGAAAGACCAGUGGAGGCCAGCAGAGCGCCGCACUCAAAGCAAACCUAAAGAUAAUUUGAGACCAGAAGGUGAUUUCGAACAACCUAAGCAAGAUGAAUGGCGACCAGCAGAAAGACAGACACCUAAAAAGCCACAAGACAACUUAAAACCAGAAGGUGAAUUCACAACUCCUGACAAAGACCAAUGGAGGCCAGCUGAGCGCCCAAUUCAAAAGAAACCUCAGGAUAAUUUGAAACCGGAAGGAGAAUUUGAACAACCUAAACAUGAUGAAUGGCGUCCAGCGGAAAGACAAACAGCUAAGAAGCCUCAAGAUAACUUAAGACCCGAAGGUGAUUUCGCGACUCCUGAGAAAGACCAAUGGCGACCAGCAGAACGACGCAAUCAAAGGAAACCAAAAGAUAAUCUGAGACCAGAAGGUGAUUUCGAACAACCCAAGCAAGAUGAAUGGCGACCAGCAGAAAGACAGACACCUAAAAAGCCACAAGACAACUUAAAACCAGAAGGUGAAUUCACAACUCCUGAUAAAGAUCAGUGGAGGCCAGCUGAGCGCCCAACUCAAAAGAAACCUCAAGAUAAUUUGAAACCAGAAGGAGAAUUUGAGCAACCUAAGCCUGAUGAAUGGCGUCCAGCAGAAAGACAAACAGCUAAAAAGCCUCAAGAUAACUUAAGACCUGAAGGAGAUUUUACAACUCCCGAAAAAGAUCAAUGGAGGCCAGCUGAGCGACCUAUUCAGAAGAAACCAAAAGAUAAUCUGAGACCAGAAGGUGAUUUUGAACAACCUAAACAUGAUGAAUGGCGCCCAGCAGAAAGACAAACAGCUAAAAAGCCACAGGAUAACUUAAAACCAGAAGGUGAAUUCACAACUCCUGAUAAAGAACAAUGGAGGCCAGCUGAACGUCCCAUUCAGAAGAAGCCACAAGAUAAUCUAAAGCCAGAGGGUGAAUUUGAACAACCUAAACAUGAUGAGUGGCAACCAGCCGAAAGGCAGAUACCUAAAAAGCCGCAGGAUAACCUUAAGCCUGAAGGCGAAUUCACGACUCCCGAGAAAGACCAGUGGAGGCCAGCAGAGCGCCGCACUCAAAGCAAACCUAAAGAUAAUCUGAGACCAGAAGGUGAUUUCGAACAACCUAAGCAAGAUGAAUGGCGACCAGCAGAAAGACAGACACCUAAAAAGCCACAAGACAACUUAAAACCAGAAGGUGAAUUCACAACUCCUGAUAAAGACCAGUGGAGGCCAGCUGAGCGCCCAACUCAAAAGAAACCCCAAGAUAAUUUGAAACCGGAAGGAGAAUUUGAACAACCUAAACAUGAUGAAUGGCGUCCAGCGGAAAGACAAACACCUAAAAAGCCGCAAGAUAACUUAAGACCCGAAGGUGAUUUCGCGACUCCUGAGAAAGAACAAUGGCGACCAGCAGAACGCCGCACUCAAAGCAAACCUAAAGACAAUCUGAGACCAGAAGGUGAUUUCGAACAACCUAAGCAAGAUGAAUGGCGACCAGCAGAAAGACAGACCCCUAGAAAACCACAAGAUAAUCUAAGACCUGAAGGAGAUUUUGAAAAACCUAUACAAGAAGAAUGGCAACCGGCUGAACGUCCUGUUCAGAGAAAACCUAAAGAUAAUCUUAAACCCGAAGGUGAAUUUGAACAUCCUAAGCAUGAUGAAUGGCGUCCUGCUGAAAGACAAACAGCUAAAAAGCCUCAAGAUAACUUAAGACCUGAAGGAGAUUUUACAACGCCCGAAAAAGAUCAAUGGAGGCCAGCUGAGCGUCCUAUUCAGAAGAAACCAAAAGAUAAUCUGAGACCAGAAGGUGAUUUUGAACAACCUAAACAUGAUGAAUGGCGUCCAGCAGAAAAGCAAACAGCUAAAAAGCCACAGGAUAACUUAAAACCAGAAGGUGAAUUCACGACUCCUGAUAAAGAACGAUGGAGGCCAGCUGAACGUCCCAUUCAGAAGAAGCCAAAAGACAAUCUAAGGCCAGAGGGUGAAUUUGAACAACCUAAACAUGAUGAGUGGCAACCAGCCGAAAGGCAGAUACCUAAAAAGCCUCAGGAUAACCUUAAGCCUGAAGGCGAAUUCACGACUCCCGAGAAAGACCAGUGGAGGCCAGCAGAGCGCCGCACUCAAAGCAAACCUAAAGAUAAUCUGAGACCAGAAGGUGAUUUCGAACAACCUAAGCAAGAUGAAUGGCGACCAGCAGAAAGACAGACACCUAAAAAGCCACAAGACAACUUAAAACCAGAAGGUGAAUUCACAACUCCUGAUAAAGACCAGUGGAGGCCAGCUGAGCGCCCAACUCAAAAGAAACCCCAAGAUAAUUUGAAACCGGAAGGAGAAUUUGAACAACCUAAGCCUGAUGAAUGGCGUCCAGCGGAAAGACAAACACCUAAAAAGCCGCAAGAUAACUUAAGACCCGAAGGUGAUUUCGCGACUCCUGAGAAAGAACAAUGGCGACCAGCAGAACGCCGCACUCAAAGCAAACCUAAAGACAAUCUGAGACCAGAAGGUGAUUUCGAACAACCUAAGCAAGAUGAAUGGCGUCCAGCGGAAAGACAAACAGCUAAAAAGCCUCAAGAUAACUUAAGACCUGAAGGAGAUUUUACAACUCCUGAAAAAGAUCAAUGGCGGCCAGCUGAGCGUCCUAUUCAGAAGAAACCAAAAGAUAAUCUGAGACCAGAAGGUGGUUUCGAACAACCUAAACAUGAUGAAUGGCGUCCAGCGGAAAGACAAACACCCAAAAAGCCGCAAGAUAACUUAAAACCAGAAGGUGAAUUCACAACUCCUGAUAAAGACCAGUGGAGGCCAGCCGAGCGACCAACUCAAAAGAAACCCCAAGAUAAUUUGAAACCGGAAGGAGAAUUUGAACAACCUAAGCAAGAUGAAUGGCGUCCAGCAGAAAGACAAACGCCUAAAAAACCGCAAGAUAACUUAAGACCCGAAGGUGAUUUCACGACUCCUGAGAAAGACCAAUGGCGACCAGCAGAACGCCGCACUCAAAGGAAACCUGAAGAUAAUCUUAGACCAGAAGGUGAUUUCGAACAACCUAAGAAAGAUGAAUGGCGACCAGCAGAAAGACAGACACCUAGAAAGCCACAAGAUAAUCUACGACCUGAAGGAGAUUUUGAAAAACCUACACAAGAAAACUGGCAACCGGCUGAACGUCCUGUUCAGAGAAAACCUAAAGAUAAUCUUAAACCUGAAGGUGAAUUUGAGCAACAUAGACCAGAAAAAUGGCGCCCAGCAGAAAGGCAAACGCCUACAAAGCCAAAAGAUAAUUUAAAACCAGAAGGUGAAUUCGAGACGCCUACACAAGCAGAGUGGCGCCCUGCUGAACGUCCAAAACAGACAAAACCUCAAGAUAACUUAAAACCAGAAGGAGUAUUUGAACAACCAAAACAUGAUGAGUGGAAGCCAGCUGAGAGGCAAACUCCAAAGAAACCGAAAGAUAAUCUUAAACCAGAAGGUGAUAUGGAAGUAGUUCGCCGAACAGAUUACUCAGUGACACGAGGUGAUCGCGUAGAAGUGAUCAAACAUGGAGAUAAUUUAAAAAUGGAAGGAGUAAUUGAUAUGCAUCGCUCUAGGGACGAUUAUAAGCGUAUCGAAAAAACUGAAAAAGUUGUUAUUCAGAAGCACGAAGAUAAUUUGAAGACCGAAGGUGAAUUUAUUGAUCUUCAUACUCGUGAUGAUUACCGUGCUACUAAAGGUGACAGAGCACCUGUAGUAAAACCACAAGAUAAUUUAAAACCAGACGGUAAGUUUUAUAAGCCUGAAACGGUUCCAACUCAACCAGCAGAGAAACGAAAACCUUUUAAGCAUGUUGAUAACAUAACAAUUGAUAGAGAUCUCGAUAUUCGUCAUAACCAAAAUAUUGAGCGCGUCGAUAUCAUUAGACGUGAAGAUAACCUAAAAAUUGAAGGAGAAUUUAUAGACAUGAAACAAAGGAAUGAUUACAAAGUGGUCACAGGAGAAAAAACGGCACUUGUCAAACAUGAAGAUAAUUUAAAGAUGGAAGGCAAAAUGGAAAAUAUAAGAUCUUCAGAUACGUACCGUGUUGUAAAAGGGCAAAGAGUAAAGCUUAUACGUAGAGAAGAUAAUCUUAAAAUUGAAGGUGUUUUUGAAGAUCACGUGCGUCGAGAUGAACACAAGAUUAGUAAAACUGAUAGAAGAGCUAUUGCUUAUUAUUCUGACGAUAAAAGUAAACCGAAAUAUACAAAUGACGAAACUGUUGAACCUCGGGAGAGUGACACAUAUCAACCAAUAAAACAAACUGAACAGUAUAGACCACAUGAUACAGGUUCAUAUCCUCAAAAGUCUGUAGAUGGUCCAGAUUCAACACGUCAUCAGAAUAACGUAAUAAAACCUUUAAAUGGCAGCGCUGAAGAAAUACCAAGGACCGUACCCACAGGUAAAGAUAAAUCCUAUCCCGAAAAUCGUCCAACACAUCAAUGGCAAUCUCCAUCACAGAUUCAUUCUAAGGAUAAUCUCUAUCCAGAGGGUCAAUUCCAAGAGCGUCCAAAAACUCAGUGGCAGCCCAGUGAAGUUCCAGAGCAGAUACGUCCAAAAGACAAUCUAUAUCCCGAAGGGGAGUUUCAAAAUAGACCUAAAACAUCGUGGCAACCUGGUGAAACACCGAGACAAAUGCGGCCCAAAGAUAAUCUUCAUCCAGAAGGCCAAUUUGAAGAUAGACCCAAAACUCAAUGGCAACCUGGUGAAAUACCUGAACAAAUUCGACCUAAAGACAACCUUCACCCAGAAGGUAAAUUUCAAGAACGACCCAAAACUCAAUGGCAACCUGGUGAAAUACCUGAACAGAUUCGACCUAAAGACAACCUUCACCCAGAAGGUAAAUUUCAAGAUCGACCUAAAACUCAAUGGCAGCCUGGAGAAACUCCAGCACAAGUACGUCCUAAGGAUAAUUUAAAACCAGAAGGUGAUUUUGAUCGCCCAUCUAGACCAAAAUGGGAAACAGCUGAUCGUUCUACUCCUUUUCUGCCAAAAGACAAUUUAAAUACAAGACCAGAUAGCGAUUUAACUCCUACAAUAUCAAGCGAACCUAAUAUUUAUCGACCUAGGGAUGAAUUGCGUCCUGAAAUACGUCAUCCAACACAUUCUCAAAAAGACGAAACAUAUAAUGACAUUAGAAACCAGUCAUGGCAAUGUAAAGAAUCAACAUCUGUUACUAGGAACGGUACUGAAAGACAUAAAGAAAAUAUACAAAACACGCAGAUUGGAAAGGAAAUACAACAAUCUAAUACUAAUGUUCAAUCCACUUCUCAUACUGAGUUUUCCACUUCUAAAGACAAUCAGUCAACUCACAAAACAUUCAGAACACAAGAUGUCAUCGAUCGUGUAGAAUCUCAAAAUAAUUUAGAUCGUACAUAUACACAAGUAUCAAGAAAUAGUGUUGAAAAGAGCGAAGUGAAUAAAAUUAAUUCAAAGCAUAUAAAAAAUGUAACGACUUCUUCAACUAAGACGAUGAAACAAGUAAAGGAAAAAAAAUUAAUAGCAGGUAAAUGGGUGGUUGUUACACGAAACGUGGAAAUGAAUGUUACAAAAGGAGCUGACACUGAAAACAAUGAUGUCAAAAGAAAUGUUGAUGACCGUACUGCGUCACAAAUUAAAUCUGUGACAAGUGAAACAAGUCAGAGAAGGAUUGCUUCAGACACGUCUAGUAAUGUGUUGUUACAUUCUCAUCAGCGUUCGAAUUAUAAUAAUGAAGAUGAUCAAUUUGCAGAUAGGUCCAAAACUCAAUGGCAACCAGGUGAAAUACCUGAACAAAUUCGACCUAAAGACAAUCUUCACCCAGAAGGUAAAUUUCAAGAUCGACCUAAAACUCAAUGGCAGCCUGGAGAAACUCCAGCACAAGUACGUCCUAAGGACAAUUUAAAACCAGAAGGUGAUUUUGAUCGCCCAUCUAGACCAAAAUGGGAAACAACUGAUCGUUCUACUCCCAUUCGGCCAAAAGACAAUUUAAAUAUAAGAACAGAUAGCGAUUCAACUCCUACAAUAUCAAGCGAUCCUAAUAUUUAUCGACCUAGGGAUGAAUUGCAUCCUGAAAUACGUCAUCCAACACAUUCUCAAAAAGACGAAACAUAUAAUGACAUUAGAAACCAGUCAAGGCAAAGUAAAGAAUUAACAUCUGUUACUAGAAGCGGUAAUGAAACACAUAAAGAAAAUAUACAAAACACGCAUAUUGGAAAGGAAACAAAACAAUCUAACACUAAUGUUCAAUCCACUUCUCAUACUGAGUUUUCCACUUCUAAAGACAAUCAGUCAACUCACAAAACAUUCAGAACACAAGAUGUCAUCGAUCGUGUAGAAUCUCAAAAUAAUUUAGAUCGUACAUCUACACAAGUAUCAAGAAAUAAUGUUGAAAAGAGCGAAGUGAAUAAAAUUAAUUCAAAGCAUAUAAAAAAUGUAACGGCUUCUUCAACUAAGACGAUGAAACAAGUAAAGGAAAAAAAGUUAAUAGCAGGUAAAUGGGUGGUUGUUACACGAAACGUGGAAACGAACGUCACAAUAGGAGAUAACACUGAAAACAAUGAUGUCAAAAGAAAUGUUGAUGACCGUACUGCGUCACAAAUUAAAUCUAUGACAAGUGAAACAAGUCAGAGAGGUAACGCUUCAGACACGUCUAGUUAUGUGUUACAUUCUCAACAGCGCUCGAAUUAUAAUAAUAAAGAUGAUCAAAGUCUACAUCUGAUUUCCAACAAGACACACAUGAUGAAGAAAGGGCAGGAAGAGCAAUUAAUUAAUCAAAAUACUCGACAUUCAUCUUCUGAUAGCCACAUAGUGCGUCAGCAACGAGGCGAUAGCGCCCAAAGAAUUAUAUCGUCGGAACACGAAUCCUAUCAAAGUCUUGCUUCAUCUAACAAUCGCAGUCAAGAAAAUAUUCAUACAAAACAUAAAAUACAUGGUAGCACAAUGAAUCAAAAUUUAUCCCGGUCCAACCAGCAUUUGUCGACAAGCAGCAAAGUUUACAAGCAUUCUGAAGGAGAACAUGUUCAGAAAACUUCGUCAUCCGAUCAGUCGCUGACAUCACAGUUUUCUACAAAUCAACAUCAUUUGAAUUCGCAACAACGUAUUAUUUCAGAUAAUACCGGAGUCAAUAUGGACAGAACAGGUCAUACAAAUUCAAUUCAUCAAUCCAGUCAAUUGAGUAGAAAUCAGCUAAGUGACAGUGUUACAAAAACAAGCAGAGAAUUCCAACAAGCAAUGCACGGUGGCAGUGAUGUCAUCACAUCUACAACAGACAAUGUAGCACGAAGUGGGUACCAUAAGCGUACAUCCGACUUAACGUCUGAUUCACAGUCUGCCAACGCUGUUCUUCAUCGCAAAGGUAUUACGUCAACUAAUGAAGCGCAUCACUCUAUUAGUUCCACUGCAGCUUCACAACGCAAAAGCAUUGGAAACCUUAACGAGCGUGGGGAAUACAUAAGUAAUUCAACACACAGCACUGACAGAAAGAGUAUCAGUUCAAUGCAUCGUUCUGCUCGCGACAAUACAGUUGUUAUUUCACAACACACUGACAACGCAGACUUCCGACGCACCCAAAGACGAGAUGGUCAAUCGACAAUGGUAGUGGAGCGGGAACCACGCGUAAACGUUAGAGAUAAUCUUCGAGUUGGUGGGGAAUUUUUCGGACAGUCAGAAGCACGCUCAUAUGGAAGUUUUUCUCGUUCUGAACAAUCCCAGAAAGCUGAAAGUACAGAGCACGUAGAACGUGUCCAGAGGGUAACAAGACAUGGAAAUUCGUCGCAGUUUAUAUUAGGUGACGCAGGCAACACUAGCUACAAACGUGAGUUUACCACUCACGUGCACGGUACUUGUCCGGCUACAACACUUCAAUCUCCAAGUACGCAAUUUAAACACACUCGUGACUCCCGCGAGCAUAAGUUUUAUUCGUCUAAAAUAACUCAUUAA